AUGGAUCUUUUGCAAAAUCCUAAGUUUGUUAUAACAACUACCUACGGGAUAGUUGGAAUGCUGCUCUAUACUUGGGUUUCUGUCGCCAUCCUCAUCAAUCGGUAUAUUUUGAAGAGCUCGUUUUUCAAACUAUUUGUGAUCAGUUAUGUAAUCAACAAUGUUACAUAUACAAACUCGUUCAUAACUCUCCGCUUACCUCAAAGUACUGGGAUAAAUGGAACUUUGGCUGCAUUUUUCAAAAAUCACGAUUCCUGUUCUGAAAAAGCUCAGUACCAAAUCAACAUAUCUCACACUCUACACUAUCAAUUUGCAUAUAUCCAAUACAUAUUCAAUUUUUAUCUAUGUCUGCAUAGAUUUAUCGCUAUCUACUUCCCUCUCGCAAAAUCAAAAGUGUGUAUAGCAGCUGCUUGGAUCAUCGUUCUCGUUUCGUUCAUUCUACCAUUUUUGGAUACCAAACGGAUACUCUCAAACUGCUCAUACUACCAAUAUAGUGAGAAAAAUGACAGUUUCUCCAUUGUCAGUACUAUCGAAAGAAAAGAACUUUAUACAUGGCUCACCCCACUUCUGAUCUGCAUCACUGUAAUGAACAUCAUAUUGAAUACACUUUCAUUUCUGAAAAUGAACAGAAUCGUUGGAAACCGACAAAACAUGCCAAAGAGUAAUCUUCUCAAACUAACAAUCUGCAUUGCAAUGAUUGACGCAUUUCUCGCCAUCCUUGGUUUCCUAAAUGCAUAUAUCGUCACUGAAAACGCAUCCGAAAACCACAUUCUGAUGGCACAUUGGAUAUCGGUUCUGACUCCAUUUGCAAGUGACGCUCUCACUUUGUCGCCUCCAAUUCUUCUUUUAACAUUCAGCAGAUCGAUUCGACGUAGUUGCAUUGACAUGAUUCCAUUCCUCAGAAGAUUCAAUCGUCACCCAUGGUUUGCUAGCCCUGGAAGCAUUAUGUUUGCGGCAAGAUACAACAAUCGCGUGGAAAAUCUUCAAAACUGA